GUGUUAUGUUGAGUCGAGGGGAGAAUAAGGAAUCGAGGGGUCGCGCGAAAGAAGGAUCGAGAGGGUUGAAGGACCGUCCAAGAGUGCAGAAAUAAGCUGUGCUAGGUUGAGAAGCACAAAGCCACAAACCCAAACAAGUUUUGUUUCUGUGCGACCAGGAAGGAUUCCCCUAUUCAAAAUGCUCUUCACUUCCCUUCGACGCGGCCUUCCCUUAAACUCACGCCCAUCCACCCCUGCCCGCCUGUCUGUCUUUCCCAUUGACUCUCUUCACCCUUUCCGCUUUUCAUUACGAUAAUACGACUAAAGGGCACGCAUUCGACAACCACACCUAAGACAAUUGCAAUCGCGGUUCAUCAUCAUCCACUUCUCUUUACAACACGCCAAAGCGGACUUACGCGUUCUCCGGUAACACCAAAACCAUGGCGACCUCAAAACGCAAAUCUAUGGUCGACACGUCCGACUUCUCCAAAAGAGCCAAACUCUGGUUCACUGAGGGGCUUGAUGGUCUGAGCUCGUAUCUCAAGUUGAAACCUUUGGAUGUUCUUGCCAUUGAACAACAGCGAAAGAAACGGGACUGGGUGGGGGCGUAUCCUGGACUCUCUGAUCCAAAGGACGGCUACUAUGUCAGAGGCGUCCUCCUGAAGUACGACGCGGAUCAGGAACAGCUCACGCAAGGCCGUCUCGGCGCUGCGCCUACGCCAUAUUUCCCCAGAAAUGGGCCCGAUGCCUUGGUAGAGGAGGGCAAGCCUUAUCAGUUGGGGCCAUACACAAAAAUACCUGCGUUUACGAUACCGGAUUUUCGGGAACGGCCCCCAACACGAUCACGGUCGCCACCUUCAGCUUAUGGUCGUCCCUCGCAGUCAUACAGGACACCCUCGCCCUCGGAUGAAUCAACUUACCAACCAUUGGCGUAUCGAACUCAGCACUCGCAGUCGUCGUCGCGGCUCGGAGGACUUUUUCAUAACAGAUAUGAGCAGAGCUCACUUUUGCGGGCUCGGCCACGGAUCUAUGCAAGCAAAGCCCAGCGGACGACUUCAUUGCUCCAAAGCAAGUAUAACAAGGAUGAAUCCAUCGCGCGUCAACGUCUCUUUGAGCGCCACAGUCAGAGCCAUCUUAAGCCUGAACAAAAUCGCCUCAAAGCUGCACUGGAUGCGACAAUUGGUGCCCUGAGAUCAGAUAGAGAGAGCUAUGCAGGCUCCAGAAAGAGCUCAACUCCAUCCAUUGAGGAACAAGUGGCUGAACAGCGCAGGAUUAGAGCGUAUAACCAAUCGAGCGAUAAGGAAGAUUGGGAUUUUGAGCGGAACAUAGUGCCACGGCAGGCUGCCUGGCUGCGGACAAAGUACCAAGGAGAUAAGGAACCAACAUGGCUCAGGAACGUCAGGAACCUAAUCAACAGGAAUCUGCCAAGCAUCGAGCAGCAACCGAAGCCACAGAAUUAUCAGGCAAUAGUGAACAAGCAUGAGCUCAUUGAGAAGGAGGUAAUAUAGGAGCCAGAUGUUUUCUUGCGACUGAACGAGUGUUUGCAUCCAUUGCUAAUAAUUUGUUGCAUUAACAUUUCUGUAAAAUAGUUGGCCGCGCGAAAGAAGUCAUCGCAACCUCCGUUCAAACCGAUCACCCAGCAGGAUGAAGAAAAG